UAAAAACAUUACACCUUCGCUAUAUAUCACGCCCUUUCUCCUUGCGGUCGAAGAGCAGUGUCAUUCUAACAUCAUCUUCCUAACAACUUGCACCGAUUGCUUUCCCUGCCGAUUUCCCUCAUCGCUCGCAACAGAUUUUAGGCGCCACUAAUAUUCCCUCCAUCUAUUUCCCCGGCUAAAUCCUAGGCGAUAUCUGUCUCUUGCAAAGUCCAGUUGGAAUUGCAGGAUUCUGAAAUAGCAGCAUUUGCCUUCUCAGAGUCUGGAGAUACAUACUUUUUGAUGCACCUAAAACAAGAUUCAAAGAAAGCGUUUGUAUUGGGAUUCAAAUAAAACUAGGGGAACACUUCUGAUCUAAGGAUUUGGCUGCAUGACAGUUCAGAUAUAUCAAAGAAAACCCAAAUUUUGCAUAGAAUUAAACUCAACGCUAAGAAGGAGAGGAGAUGAAAGGGGCAGGUGAAGAAGAGUUUUUUUUGGUUGUGGUCUAGAACCCACUGCAAAGUAACUUAUAGGGCCUCCACUGUUGUAUCUUACCUGGUGGUUUAAAAUGACAAUCAGUUCGGAAGAGGCAUCAAAGAAAACUUCACGUUCUCAAUUGGUUGUGUUGAACAGGGCAUUCAAAUUGGCUGAGCAAUGGGUUAACAAUAUGGGCUCUUCAGAUGAUGCUAAACCAAAUAAUGUGGUUCUAGAGAGUCGUCCACCUAGGCUUGGAAUUGGUGCUGCAGUUCCACGUCAAUCUCAAACUGUACUCUCAAAUGACCCCGCAGAAAGAAAAUUACGUGCUAAAUUGGAUGCUGAGAAAAGAAAAAAAUUGAAGAGCUCUGAAGCAUCAACAAUUUCUGCCAAAGACGGGAAAGUUGAUGAAGAAAGCGAUGACGAGGAAUUAGAAAGCAAAACAAAAGCGUUUACCAAGAAGAGGCCUGCGGCUUUGCCCUCGUCUCUGCAAGCAAAGAAGAAGAAGUGACUUUGCAUUAUCUAGCAAUGAAUACUUCGAGAUGUGCUAUAGUUUUCCUUUAGUAUAUUAUUCUAAGCCUUCAUCUUCUUGUUGCCAUUUUGGAAGCUGCAGUUCUCCUGAGGUCUCAGUCUCCAGUUAAGAGAAAAGUUUUGAGUUCUGAGUAGCUGACUUAGAGUUUCAGUUCUGUUUGUGAGAGUAACAAAUUCUAGCUGCAAACACUUGCUUGUGGAUGUUGGAAUAGGAGGGUGGCACCCAGGGAACAUGUUUUUUACCAUCUCACGCUAAAGCAUAUUCUAUCUAGCUGCAAACACUUGCUUGUAUGAAAUUCAUAUUCUCUUGUCAUGUGCUAUAUUACAAUAAUCCUGAGAAAUGUCCAUAGUGAUCUUCAUA